AUGUAUAGAAAUCCUUACUUCAAAGAAACGGUGCAACAACUUGGAAGGGCUUACAAUCAAGAGCUAAAGUGGGUUAUGGAAAGAAAACUGCCUCCUUUUGAAGACCAUGUGAAAAACUCUGAGAUAACCAGCUGCAUAUUUAUCAUGUUUGCUGCUAUUAUUCCUGGAUUCAAAUCUCUCACCCAAGAAACUAUUGAUUGGAUGAAGAGUGAGCCCAAAAUCGCGAUAUCAACGGGUAUGAUCGGUAGAUAUUGGGACGACAUAGGCUCUCAUCAUCGCGAGAGCAAAGGAGGGCAAGUGUUGACUGCAAUCGAUUGCUACAUGAAACAACAUGGCGUAACGAAGCAAGAGACGAUGUCAAAGUUUGGAGAACUAGUUGAGGAAGCAUGGAUGGAUGUGAACAAGGAAUGGAUGGAGAUAGCGUUAGAAAUCGCCCUUCAAUUUCUCAACUAUGCUCGAAUGUGCGAUGCCAGUUACAACAACAGUAAUGGAGGCGCGUAUACAGAUCCUGAAAUGGCCAAGCCAACUGUUCAUGCUCUCGUUAUCGAUCCAAUUCUCAUUUGUUUAUUUUCCACACUAAGAUCAUACCUUCCUAUUUGAGUUACUAAGUUUAUUUGGAGACGUCAUGAAUGUAAUACUUAUUAUUGAAGCUAAGGUAAUGUAUUGUAGUUAUU